AUGUCUCGGCGAAAGCAGAGGAAACCCUAACAGUUAAUCUCGGACUGCAAAGGUCCCAGCGCGUCUGAGAACGGUGAUGCUAGCGAGGAGGACCACCCCCAAGUCUAUGCCAAGUGCUGCGCACAAUUCACUGAUCCAACUGAAUUCCUCGCCCACCAGAAUGCAUGUUCUACUGACCCCCCUGUAAUGGUGAUAAUUGGGGGCCAAGAGAAUCCCAACAACUCUUCGACCUCUUCUGAACCCCGGCCUGAGGGCCACAACAGUCCCCAGGUCAUGGAGGCCGAGCAAAGCAGCCCCUCGGAUUCCGGGUCCUCUGUACCCACAGAUCCCACCUGGGGCCCGGAGUCUUCAGGGCACUUCCUCGUUGCUGCCACAGGUACAGCAGCUGGGGGAGGUGGGGGCCGGAUCUUAGCCAGCCCUAAGCUGGGAGCAACUCCUUUACCUCCAGAAUCCACCCCUGCACCCCCUCCUCCUCCACCUCCUCCUCCGCCCCCAGGUGUAGGCAGCGGCCACUAGAACAUCCCUCUGAUCUUGGAAGAGCUCCGGGUACUGCAGCAGCUUCAGAUCCAUCAGAUGCAGAUGACUGAGCAAAUCUGCCGGCAGAUACUGCUGCUUGGCUCCUUAGGCCAGACAGUGGGCACCCCUUCCAGUCCCUCAGAGCUACCUGGGACAGGGACUGACUCCUCCACCAAGCCCUUGCUUCCCCUCUUCAGCCCCAUCAAGCCUGUCCAAACCAGCAACACACUGGCACCUUCCUCCACCUCCUCUUCCUCAGCGGUGGAAACACCCAAGCAGGCUUUCUUCCAUCUUUAUCAUCCACCGGGGUCACAGCAUCCUUUUUCUGCUGGAGGGGCCGGGCGAAGCCACAAACCCACCCCUGUCCCCUCCCCGGCCCUGUCAGGCAGCACGGAUCAGCUGAUUUCCUCGCCUCAUCUGGCAUUCCCAGGCACCACGGGACUACUGGCAGCACAGUGUCUUGGGGCAGCCCAGGGCCUUGAGGCUGCUGCCUCCCCAGGGCUCCUGAAGCCAAAGAAUGGAAGUGGUGAGCUGGGCUAUGGGGAAGUGGUGGGUCCCUUGGAGAAGCCUGGUGGACGGCACAAAUGCCACUUCUGUGUCAAAGUAUUUGGCAGUGACAGUGCCCUGCAGAGCCACCUGCGUUCCCACACAGGUGAGAGGCCCUAUAGGUGUAAUGUCUGUGGCAACCGCUUUACCACGCGUGGCAACGUCAAAGUGCAUUUCCACCGGCAUCGGGAGAAGUACCCACAUGUGCAGAUGAACCCUCACCCGGUGCCAGAGCAUCUAGACUACGUCAUCACCAGCAGCGGCCUGCCCUAUGGUAUGUCUGUACCGCCAGAGAAGGCCGAGGAGGAGGCGGCCGUGCCAGGCGCAGGUGUGGAACGCAAGCCUCUGGUGGCCUCCACCAAGGCCCUCAGUGCCACAGAGAGCCUGACGCUGCUCUCCACUGGUGCAGGCACAGCCACAGCUCCUGCACUCCCUGCUUUCAAUAAGUUUGUGCUCAUGAAAGCGGUAGAGCCAAAGAGCAAAGCUGACGAAAAUACCCCACCGGGGAGUGAGGGCUUAGCCAUCGCUGGGGUGACAGAAAGUGACACAGCGACCCGCAUGCAGGUAAGUAAGCUGGUGACCUCGCUACCCAGCUGGGCUCUGCUUACCAACCACUUUAAGUCCACCAGUAGCUUCUCCUUUCCUUAUGUGCUGGAGACCUUGGGGGCUUCACCCUCAGAGACAUCCAAGCUGCAGCAACUGGUAGAAAAGAUUGAUUGUCAAGGAGCCUUGGCAGUGGCCUCUACUGCCUCGGGAGCCCCCACCACCUCUGCCCCUGCAGCUUCGUCCUCAGCCUCGUCUGGACCUAACCAGUGUGUCAUUUGUCUCCGGGUGCUAAGCUGUCCUCGAGCACUGCGCCUGCAUUACGGCCAACAUGGAGGUGAGCGGCCCUUCAAAUGCAAAGUGUGUGGCAGAGCUUUCUCUACCCGGGGCAGUCUGUGUGCACAUUUCGUGGGCCAUAAGGCGAGUCCGGCUGCCCGGGCCCAGAACUCCUGCCCCAUUUGCCAGAAGAAGUUCACCAAUGCUGUUACUCUGCAGCAGCACGUUCGGAUGCACCUGGGGGGCCAGAUCCCCAAUGGUGGCACCACGCUCCCUGAAGGCGGGGAAGCUGCCCAGGAGAACGGCUCUGAGCAAUCUACAGCCUCUGGGGCAGGGAGCUUCCCCCAGCAGCCAUCCCAGCAGCCAUCCCCUGAAGAGGAGUUGUCCAAGGAGGACGAAGAGGACGAAGAAGAGGAGGAAGAUGUGACGGACGAAGAUUCCCUGGCAGGGAGAGGCUCCGAGAGUGGAGGUGAGAAGGCGAUAUCAGUGCGGGGUGAUUCAGAAGAGGCCUCCGGGGCAGAGGAGGAAGUGGGGACUGUGGCGGCCGUGGCCACAGCUGGGAAGGAGAUGGACAGUAAUGAGAAAACGAUUCAACAGCCUUCUCUGCCGCCACCGCUGCCACCACCACCUGACAGCCUGGAUCAAACACAGCCAAUGGAGCAGGGAGGCAGCGAUGUUGCAGGAGGCACAGAAGAGGGGGGCAGACCUGAGAGGAGCUCCAGCCCAGCGGUAGCGCUGGCCCUAGAAGGGGGAGGCGGCAGCACCACCUUGGUGGAGGAGCUGAGCCUGCAGGAAGCGGUGAGGAAGGAGCCAGGAGAGAGCAGUAGCAGGAAGGCCUGUGAGGUGUGUGGCCAGACCUUUCCCACCCACGCAGCUGUGGAGGAGCAUCAGAAGACCCACCCCAAGGAGGGGCCGCUCUUCACUUGUGUUUUCUGCAGGCAGGGCUUCCUCGAGCGGGCCACGCUCAAGAAGCAUAUGCUGCUGGCUCACCACCAGGUACAGCCCUUUGCCCCCCACAGCCCUCAGAAUAUUGCUGCUCUUUCCUUGGUCCCAGGCUGCUCACCCUCCAUCACUUCUCCAGGGCUCUCCCCCUUCCCCCGAAAAGAUGACCCCACAAUCCCAUGGCCCGAGUUCCAGCUCCAGCUCCAUCUCCACUACCACUUCAGGCCCCACACCACCAGUGCUGUUUGGCCCAGGAACUGUGGCUGGGAAGUUGCCUCCAGCAAUGGAAUUCAGAGAAGCCACGGAGAAGAGAAUCCCCCCUCUCCUCUUUUGGCCUCUUGCAUCCAAGACAUUGCCUGA